AUGACCCAGCAGCCAUCCCCAGAGAUGGCCCUACCAGCCCAGAUGACUGCUGCAGACACUGAAGCACCUCCACUCCAGGCCACCCGCCGUGCCCGCCGCAGCUCCAUCCUCAGCACCCUCCUGGCACCCCUGGCCAGCCGCCGCAGCUCACUUGGGGCAGCCCCAGGUGGCAGGUGCCCCUCCCUUGGCCCCUGGCUGCUCCACAGCCGCAUGAGCUUCUCUGGGCUCCCCCUUUUCCAGCCCAUCCUCAAGACUUGCCUUGAAAACACUUACAGGAUGGGGCCAGAUGAAGGCUGCAAGUUCAAUGCAGGGCGGGUGCAGCAGGUGCUGGAGGGGGCCCUGGCCAGUGCCCUGGGGACCACAGUCUACAGCCCCCAGGACAGUGCCCCACUAGCCCAGAGCCUGACUGAGCUGCUGCAUAGCCAGGUGAAGGUGGUGCUGCCACCACGCUACAAGCUAGUCUGCCAGGUGGUGCUGGGCCAGCAGGGCCAGCAGAGCCUGCUGGUGGCCAGCCGGGCACUGUGGGAUACUGAGAGCGACAGCUUUGCCUCUGCCACCUUCUCCAAUGCCUCCCUCUUUGCUGUGGCCAUAGUGCAUGGGGUCUACUUUGACUAG